AUGUCACAAUUUAACGAGGACGUCGAAAAACAAAUAGCUGACGAUCAGGUUGGAUCGUCCCACUCUCAACCUACUGCAGUCCAUGAGGAAGGCCUUCAGUCUGUGGUCCACUCCGAUGAUGGCAAGUAUCUUUGGUUGGGAGGUCGCAAGUAUCUCAAAAGUGAUCUUGUUAGUGCGUUCGGUGGUACUUUGCAACCGGGAUAUGCUCCUCCAAGCGUUCAUAAAUUCGCCAAUCCAGCGCCUCUGGGUCUGUCCGCUUUUGCACUGACAACGUUUGUUUUGUCGAUGAUAAAUGCCGGGGCCAUGGGUGUCUCCACCCCCAACGUGGUGGUUGGUCUUGCCGCUUUCUACGGAGGUUUAGUUCAGCUGCUGGCAGGAAUGUGGGAGUUGGCCCUGCAGAACACGUUCGGUGCAAUGGCUCUAUCCUCAUAUGGUGGGUUCUGGAUGAGUUACGCUGCUAUAUUUAUCCCCUUCUUUCAUAUUACUGACGCGUACGAGGAUGAAGUGGAACUGAGCAACGCGCUCGGUUUCUACCUACUGGGCUGGACCAUUUUCACUUUUAUGUUGAUGCUUUGCACCAUGAAAUCCACCGUCGCAUUUUUUUCGCUGUUUGCGUUCCUUGACCUCACAUUCCUUUUGCUCGCUGUCGGCCACUUGGCUCCGUCGUCUGGAUGUGUCACUGCGGGAGGUGUGUUUGGAGUGAUCACCGCUUUCAUCGCAUGGUACAACGCCGCAGCCGGUGUGUUUGACGAGGGCAACUCCUACCUGACCAUCAAGCCUAUUUAUCUGCCUAAGUUCGGCAAAAAGUCCAAUUGA